CGACGCGAGACUAGUUUCCGGGCUGCGAGAGGAUUGACCCUGCCGAGGCUCCGUUGUUCACUGCUGCACACUCGCAGGUCUCGGUGGUGGAAGGAUGUCGCGCGGCUCAAUAGAGAUCCCUCUCCGGGACACCGAUGAGGUCAUUGAACUUGACUUUGAUCAGUUACCGGAGGGGGAUGAAGUGAUCAGUAUAUUGAAGCAGGAGCACACGCAGCUGCACAUAUGGAUUGCACUAGCGCUGGAGUAUUACAAGCAGGGAAAGAAGGAAGAUUUUGUGAAGCUGCUGGAAGCGGCUCGGAUCGAUGGCAACUUAGACUACCGGGACCACGAGAAAGACCAGAUGACUUGCCUGGAUACGUUGGCCGCGUAUUAUGUGCAGCAGGCGAGGAAGGAGAAGAACAAGGACAACAAGAAGGAGCUGAUCACCCAGGCCACCCUCCUCUAUACAAUGGCUGAUAAAAUCAUCAUGUACGACCAGAACCACCUGUUGGGAAGAGCCUGUUUCUGCCUCCUGGAGGGAGACAAGAUGGAUCAGGCCGACGCCCAGUUUCACUUUGUGUUGAACCAGUCUCCGAAUAACAUCCCGGCUCUACUCGGCAAAGCCUGCAUCUCGUUCAACAAGAAAGACUACAGGGGGGCCCUCGCCUACUAUAAGAAAGCCCUUAGGACCAACCCGGGCUGCCCUGCUGGCGUGCGACUUGGUAUGGGCCAUUGUUUUGUGAAGCUCAACAAGCUGGAUAAAGCCCGCCUGGCGUUUGGACGGGCGCUGGAUCUGAACCCAACGUGUGUCGGGGCCUUGGUCGGUUUAGCUGUACUGGAACUCAACAACAAAGAGGCUGAUUCCAUCAAAAAUGGAGUCCAGUUGCUCUCCAAGGCUUACACCAUCGACCCCAGCAACCCCAUGGUCCUCAAUCAUUUGGCCAACCACUUUUUCUUCAAGAAGGAUUACAGUAAAGUGCAGCACUUGGCUCUCCACGCGUUUCACAACACGGAGGUGGAAGCCAUGCAGGCGGAGAGCUGUUACCAGCUGGCCAGGUCGUUCCAUGUGCAGGAGGACUACGACCAGGCCUUCCAGUAUUACUACCAGGCCACGCAGUUCGCCGCGGCCUCCUUCGUGCUGCCUUUUUUCGGCUUGGGGCAAAUGUACAUUUACAGAGGAGACAAGGAGAAUGCGUCCCAGUGCUUCGAGAAGGUCCUCAAGGCUUACCCCAACAACUACGAGACGAUGAAGAUCCUGGGGUCGCUCUAUGCAGCCUCUGACGACCAGGAGAAGCGGGAUAUCGCCAAGAGUCACCUGAAGAAGGUUACGGAGCAGUACCCAGAUGAUGUGGAAGCCUGGAUCGAAUUGGCUCAGAUCUUGGAACAGACGGACAUUCAGAACGCCCUGUCGGCUUAUGGAACGGCCACGCGGAUCCUGCAGGAGAAAGUCCAAGCCGACGUCCCACCGGAGAUCCUGAAUAACGUGGGUGCCCUCCACUUCCGCCUGGGGAAUCUGGGAGAGGCAAAGAAAUACUUUUUGGCUUCGCUGGAUCGGGCGAAGGCAGAGGCCGAACACGACGAACAUUACUACAACUCCAUCUCCGUCACCACCUCCUAUAACCUGGCCCGGCUCUACGAGGGUCUUUGUGAGUUUCACGAGUCGGAGAAGUUGUACAAGAAUAUCCUGCGAGAGCACCCCAACUACGUGGAUUGUUACUUGCGCCUGGGAGCCAUGGCCAGAGACAAAGGGAAUUUCUAUGAGGCUUCUGAUUGGUUUAAAGAAGCUCUGCAGAUUAAUCAAGAUCAUCCGGACGCCUGGUCCUUGAUCGGGAACCUUCACUUGGCAAAGCAGGAGUGGGGGCCGGGGCAGAAGAAGUUUGAGCGAAUUCUAAAGCAGCCGUCGACUCAGAACGAUACCUACUCCAUGUUGGCUCUCGGCAAUGUGUGGCUGCAGACUCUACACCAGCCCACCCGAGACCGGGAGAAGGAGAAGCGUCACCAGGACAGAGCGUUGGCCAUUUAUAAACAAGUGCUGAGAAACGACUCCAAGAACCUGUAUGCGGCUAACGGCAUCGGGGCUGUCCUGGCUCACAAGGGGUACGUCCGAGAAGCCCGCGAUGUAUUUGCCCAAGUGAGAGAAGCCACUGCCGAUAUCAGCGACGUUUGGCUGAACCUGGCGCAUAUCUACGUGGAGCAGAAACAGUAUAUCAGUGCCGUGCAAAUGUACGAGAAUUGUCUGCGGAAGUUCUACAAACAUCAGAACACGGAGGUGCUGCUGUACUUGGCCCGGGCUCUGUUUAAAUGUGGGAAGUUGCAGGAGUGUAAACAGAUUCUGCUCAAGGCUCGGCACGUGGCCCCCAACGACAGCGUUCUGAUGUUCAACGUUGCGCUGGUGCUCCAGAGACUCGCCACUUUAGUCUUAAAGGACGAGAAGAGCAACCUGAAGGCCGUACUGAAUGCCGUGAAGGAAUUGGAGCUGGCGCACAGAUAUUUUAACUACCUGAGCAAAGUGGGGGACAAGAUGAGGUUCGAUUUGGCCCUUGCAGUGUCGGAAGCCAGGCAGUGUUCUGAUUUGCUGAGCCAGGCCCAAUACCACGUGGCCCGGGCCCGGAAACAGGACGAGGAGGAGAAAGAGCUUCGCACCAAACAGGAACAGGAAAAGGAAGUUUUACGGCAGAAGCUUCUAAAGGACCAGGAAGAGAAGCGACACAGAGAAAUCGAGGAGCAGAAGAAGCUGCUGGAGCAGAGAGCUCAGUACGUGGAGAAGACCAGGAACUUGUUGUCCUUCACUGGAGAGAUGGAAACUCCCAAAGAGAAGAAACAACGGGGAGGUGGUGGAGGCGGAAGGAGAUCCAAAAAGAACGGGGAGUUUGAGGAGUUUGUUAACGACGACUCUGACGAGGAACUGGCACCCAGGAAGAAGAAGAGGAAGAAGGGAGGAGCCAGCAGCAGUGGAGGGGAACAAGGGGAAGAAGGAGAAGGAGGAGAGAAGAAGAAAAAGAAGAGGAGGAAGAGGCCUCAAAAAGCAGCCGAAGGAUCAGAUGAUGAUGAAGAGCAAGCUCCGCAGCCUAGAAAACGGCAGCAGAAAAAGAAAGAAAAGCUGGGCAAACUGGAGCGCACCCCGCCUUCCAUGAAGGGGAAAAUCAAAUCGAAGGCCAUUAUAUCCUCCAGCGAAGACUCGGAUGAAGAUAAACUGAAGAUCGCAGACGAGGGCCACGUCAGGGAGAGCAACAGCGACUCCGACAACGGCGGCGGGAAACCCAAAAAGCGAAUCAUGUCCGACAGCGAAUCCGACAACAGGAACAAGUCGGGCAGCGACGCCGGGAGCCCCCAGAAGUCUCAGCGGUCUGACGACGACUCCGAUAACAACACCUGGGCGAGAAAGAGGCGACGGCAGGAUUCUGGUUCCGACAACGAUUCGGCCAAAUCCCGGAGAAGCUCGGGCGGUUCUGACAAUGAAUCUCGAGCCGCGUCCCACAGUGCAGAGUCGGAGAGAGAAUCGGACCGCGGUUCUGACAACGAGGGCUCGGCGAGAGCCUCCGGCAACGAAUCGGAACAAGAGGCGUCCAAUAACGAGAAGUCGGACCGAGGCUCAGAUGAUAGCGAUUAAAUGUGGCCCCGCCCCAUGUACUUCUUACUGCAAAUAUUUAUUUUCCCUUUAUGUACGAGUCGAAUUGGAACAGACGUAAAACUGUGACGCAAGAGAAUACGUUGCUUUUUCUGCGCUUUCAGAUUUUCAAGGCAAAGUUACAUUUUUACUUCUUAACCUAAAAGGAAUCAUGUGAUACUGGGGAGGGGGGGGUCAGAUCAUACAGAGGUCGCAGCGCAGUCCAAAGAAUGUUCAGUUAUAAUGAUUUCUAUCUCUGCUCAUCUCUAAUGGAUAAAAGGCCUAUCUUGUAAGCUCUGCAGGCUCAGUUGACCUUUUCAGGCGGCAGUGAUUGGUUCUAUUCCAUAUGGGGGGAGGGGGGAAUGAUCAAUUGAGAACAGGACCCUUAGGUACAGGACCCCCAGGACACUCAGUGGAUAUAAAUGGGACGUGUCAGAUGUGAUGAUGAUAAAGGGAGCCUGAUCUGCCCCAAUCAAUUAAACCAAAAGCCUCACAUGUGACCUGAGAUUUUCCAUAUUGGCCCCCCCGACUGCUUCUGAACCCCCUGAUGAUGGCCCCCGGCUGUAGAGACUCCGCUCCCACAUUUCGUUUAUUCACCCUGGAGAUGGGGGGGGAUGGGGUGACUUUUUCAAUUUGAAUUUUUUUGUGUUUCAAAUAAAAUGUGACUUUUC